AUCUGGACACAGCCGGCGGCACCCACCGUGAACCACCGGCUGAUGCUGAUCUGCGAGGUCACCGGAGAUCCCGGCCCCCAGGAGUUCCUGUGGGAGAUGGAAGAAAGCCCAGUUCCGCUGCAGAAAGGCCCCCACAGCAUCCUGGUCCUCCCCUCCUUCAACAACACCCACCUGGGCACCUACACCUGCACAGCCAGCAGCCCCCAGGGCACGGCCGUGGCCACCUACACCCUGUGGAUAAAUGACCUGCAGCAAAAGGUGUUCGUGUUCCCCCAAGAGUCCCCAACCGCCCACGUGCAGGUGACGGCGAAGCUGGAGCAGCCCCUGCACAACUUCACCGUGUGCCUGAGGUCCUUCACCGACCUCACACGGCCCUACAGCCUCUUCUCCUACGCCACCGAAAAACAGAGCAACGAGAUCCUGCUCUUCAAGCCCAAAGCCGGCCAGUACGAGCUCGCCGUGGGGAACAAGCUCUUGUUCUUCACGGUGCCCGUCAGCCUCGCCGAGAGCGAGCACGUUUGUGUCAGCUGGGAAUCCUCCACCGGCAUCGUGGGAUUCUGGUUCAACGGGAAGCCCUGGCCGAGGAAGGGGCUGCAGAAGGGCUACACGGUGGGAGUGCCAGCGUCCAUCCUGCUGGGGCAGGACCAGGACAGCUUUGGGGGGGGCUUCGAAGCCAAGCAGUCCUUUGUGGGGGAGAUUUCAUCCGUGUACAUGUGGGACACGGGGAUCUCCAACUCAGAGGUGUUGGGGGCCAUGCACAACAAACCCACCCAAACCCCCAUCUUCGGCUGGAGGAACUUCCCCUACAAGAUCGUGGGUGACGUGUACCUGAAGCCCUGAGGCUGCGGGGGGUGUCCCCGAUCCCUGCAGUGUAACCCCCUCCCCCAAAGCCAUCCAACACCACAUAAAUGGAGAAAUGGGU